AUGGAGCUGCUGGGAGUGCUGACUGUACUGCUGCUGAGCUGUGCCUGGCCAGGACGGGCCGACAUACACACCGUCUACUGGAACAGCACCAACAAGAGCUUCCUGUGGGACGAUUAUUCGGUAGAAGUCAGACUCAACGACUACCUGGACAUCGUGUGCCCCCACUAUGAGGAAGAGAACGUCCCGGGGAGAACAGUGGAACGCUACACCCUAUUCCUGGUGGAUUAUGAGGAGUACACAACCUGCAAACCGCUUUCCAAGAACCAGGUCCGCUGGGAGUGCAUCAAGCCCUUCGCCCCGCAUGGGCCUGAGAAGUUCCGUGAAAAGUUCCAGAAGUUUACCGCCUUUAGCCUUGGGAAAGAGUUCAAGGAGGGAAACAGCUACUAUUAUAUAUCCAAACCCUUCCACCAUCACGGAGAGUCCUGCCUCAAGCUGAAGGUCCACGUGGCCGGCAAAGCCACUCAAGAGCCGCUCACCAACGUCCACACCCCGCGAUCCGGAGUCCUCUCGGAUGGGCCAGCAGACGACCCUCCCGGAGUCAUGAAGAGCGUCGCUCAGAAUUCGACCAGCAGACCCGCCUCGCUCCUCAUCUUUGGACUCCUCCUCCCCUUAGUCCUGGUGCUUGGACUGUGA